GUCCGCGUAACGGCGGAAGUUUCUCAAUGUAUAAACACAACUGCAGAUUAUAUCUGAGCUCAGUUGUGUAGAGAGCUAGCCACAAGAUCCAACCUUAAUUAUAUAUGACAGUCGAUCAUUGGUUUGAUAACUAGUUAGGGUGGCAGAAACAAGUUUAGAUUAGGGGGGGUGAAGUUAUCAUAUUAGAUAAGGGACAGGAAACCUUUGUGAUCAAGAUACUGCAAACCCCGGACCUUCCUUUAGUAGACCAUCAGUUAUCCAUCAAACCUCACCCCCUGCUAUAGGCUGCCGUUCUGUAGAGAUGUAGCGACAUGUAAUCUGUGAAACUUUGUAGACUGUAGUAGCUGAAACACGGUCUGAGAUUACAAUAAGCUCUGUAGCUGUUUAACUGCGAAGCUGCUCGGCUGUACAUUGGCUGCUUACGUUGUGUAGUUUCUAACUUGUGUGAAGCUGCAAAGCUGUGCUGCUGCUUAGAUGUAUAGCAGCUAAGCUGUGUAGCGGCUAAUCUGUGUAGCUGCCUAGCUAAACUAUGUGCAGCUGCCUAGCUAAAUUAUGUGCAGCUGCCAAGCUAGCCUGUUAGCUGCUAAGCUAGCUGUUUAGCUGCUAAGCUAGCUGUUUAGCUGCUAAGCUAGCUGUGUAGAUGUGAUAUUGAAUGGAGAAGAGGAAACGAUGAGUUGUAGUUGGAGAGAUGAAUGAGAUGAAUAAACCGGAAGAGGAAGGAUCGAAAUGAAAAGUUUAAAAAUCAGGAAAAAUUUAUUGAGAAUUUGUCAUAUCAUUGGAAUCCUCCUUGUUCCUAGAAUAUCCGCUAAACAGUUCUUUAAACAAGAACCACAGUAUACCGAGGUGAACCCCGGAGGAACGGUGGUUCUAGAUUGUGUGGUUGCGGAGAAGAAUCGGAACUCUGAAUGUAUCUGGCAACAUGAUGGGCUUCCAGUUCUUAUCCAGAACGGAAAGUACGAAUGGUCUGGAACCCGUGAAGCAGGAGACUGUUCCCUCCGUAUACUCCGAGCUAACAUUGUUUACGAUGACGGGGACUGGGAGUGUCAGGUGACGAGGUCCUCCUACGAGGCCGGGGAUGGACUCAGCAGUCCGACCUCGAAGCUCGUGGUGAGACAGCCUCCGAGUGAUCCGAAGAUAUUUAAAGGAGAGGAAAUGAUCUCACUACAAAAAGUAUCAGUUGAGUCUGGGAAACAAGAAACCUUGAAAUGUGAAUCUCGAGGUGGGAACCCUGCUCCUCUGAUUAUCUGGUACUUGGAUAACCUGGAGGUUUCCUCUAACCAGAGAAACGAGACGGAGCUUGGAUCUAGUAAACGAUGGACGGUUAUCAGUACCUUGGAGUAUACGUUUAGAAGGGAGGAUAACGGGAAGGUUGUGAGGUGUACAGUGCAUCAUGAAGCUUUGACAAGGAAGGUUCGGGAGCAAAGUGUUCUCCUAGAUAUCCAGUAUCCUCCUAGUAUCAGAUUGGAGAGAUCUCCGGACUCUAUAGAGGUUGAGGACGGAGUUGAUACGGUUGUCCUCAUGUGUAUUGCGGACGGGAAUCCAAAACCUGAUAUAGUCUGGAGAAAACUUGGACAAUCCUCGAUAUUUAGAAUUGAAGACAAGCUAAAGUUUGACCCGGUUCGGUUAUCCGAUAGUGGAUCUUAUAUUUGCCUCGCUAGGAACGAUCUUGGGGCCAGCGACGAAAUUUCAGCAAACAUUGAGGUUCGGUUUCCCCCUAGGAACGUGAUUACCAAACCUGCUGACUUUGUUGAUCUUGAAGUCGGAGCAAGGCACGUAUUUAACUGUGAAGCAGAAGGGUUUCCUGCUCCGGAUUAUGAAUGGAUGCAAAAAGUUGAUGAGCGUGGGAGUGAAACAAUGGCUGUUAAACUCGGAGCAGGAAGAGAAAUAGUUAUUGAAAAUGUAACCUACGAACACGAAGGGUUAUGGAGAUGUUUAGCUCAUAAUACUAUAAAGGGAGACAGGAGACAAGAACAGAGUCCGGUUCUCAGGGUUGGAGUUUCAGGGAAACCUCUCCUUUACUCCGGUCUAGAGCCUGAGCUACGGAGUCUUCAUCAGGCCAGGUUGAAGGAGAACGCGGAGAUGAAGAUUGGUUUCUGUUCCGAUCCUCCUCCUAGUAGGGUUAGAUGGGAGUGGGGGAGUGUACAACUGGAGCAAGGAGGAACCAGGGGAAGAAUAUCUGUCGCUGAUCUUAAACCUUCAGAGCGCAAGGAUUGUUAUACUAGUACUAUAACCUUUAACCCUGUGACAUCUGAAGAUGCAAGAACGUAUUAUCUUGUGGCUGAGAAUGAGCGAGGAGAAUUGAGAAACGGAGUUAAACUUACUGUAACGGAUCCUAUAUCCAUGGGAGCAGUGAUUGGUAUAGCAGUGAGUUGUCUGGUUCUCAUCUCCUUUCUCCUGGUCUGUAUAGUUUGUAGUAGGAAGCAUAGAUCCUGCUGCUUCAAGGAUACAGGAACCUUCCAACCUCAGGAUAUCAGGAUAGAGAGAAGGAUUGAAGAUGACGAGAGAAGUGUGGAUCAUCUAGAGAUAAUCCCGUCCAACAAUAAUCAAGGUUUCUCUACAAACAACGGAUUAGGGCAGGAAGUGACAUACAAGGGUCAUGCUGGGGUGGGACGACCCGUUCCUGCUCCGUUCUGCACAUCUACUCCGUCCUAUCUUUACUCUUCCCCGAGAAGAGAAGAAUUGAUUCAACCAAAGAAGGUUCGAGGAACUCCGACUAUGUACGCAGAUCUUCAGUUCCCAACCAGUAGUAACUUCGGCUCCAUGAAGAGGAGGAGUAGGGAGAGAGAGACGGACUAUGUUAGGAUUAAAUUUAAUCCUCAUGUUGCGGAGAGAGCCGAGUUAUGACGAAAAUUUACAAAGCUUUGCACAUUUCAUUAUUACUUUUAAUGAUGUUUUGAAUAAAUGUUUAAAAAC